AAACAUCACCAAGUACAUUGGCUAAGACUUUGUGACAGUUAAGUUGAGAGACUAUUAAGUCAUAUGUCAUAAAUGCUUUUUCCCUUUCUUUUAUAGUUUUGGUUUAUUUAGUCUUAACACAACAACGCCUUUUCUCUGACUUAUCUGACUCUCCACCACAGUCCCCCCCACUCUCUCUUCUUCCCUUUUGCUUUCCCAUAAUUAAACAUCGAUACCCAUCAUCUCUAUCACUCUCUCUUUCCAUUAUCACUUCUCUAUUUGUACAAAGAAACCAACCCACAAGCUGGUUUUGUCUUGAGAUGAUAAUCAACCAACCAUUCAGGGGAAUAGCACCAGUUAGCCAGAUGUGUGUUUCCAGUUUCUAAGCAGUGCUCUCAUUCAUUCUUGAUUUCCACUAGCUAGCUUGGCAGCAGCAGCAGCAGUCCUACAAGUUUAACUGUGGAACACUAUUUACUCAUCAUGUCGAAUUCUACAGGUUGAAAACAUCUUGUUUCAACUGACUCAAUCUGGCUACUUCUCAGAAACUAUAAAUGUGAAGUAUCUCCUUGUGGUAUUAAGUAAAAUCAUCAAAGAAAGAUGAAACCAAUUAUUGAUCUUGAAGUUGAAGCCACCUCAGAAAAUGUUUCUGAAGUUAGCAGCCAAGUAGCUUCCAACUUAUCAAACCAAGAAACUUCUGCAGCCCCCUCCAAUGACAGCCUCACUAACUCUUCCUAUCUCACAAAUGCCAUAGCAACUCAAUCUGGUUCGGAAAUGGUUUCCCUUGACUUAACCCUUUGCUUCAAUAAUGAUGAGUUAGGUGGAAGGGACCCAGUGGGACUCUCAUUGUCAAGCACAAGUGAGAGUAGCAAUGAACCUGCAUCACGUACUACAGCUGAAGCAAUACCACGAGUAUUUUCUUGCAAUUACUGUCAGCGCAAAUUCUUCAGCUCUCAGGCACUUGGUGGACACCAAAACGCUCAUAAGAGAGAAAGAACAUUAGCUAAGCGUGCAAUAAGAAUGGGUAUUUUCUCGGAAAGGUAUGCCAGCCUAGCAUCGUUGCCUCUAUAUGGAUCCUCAUUCCGAUCCCUAGGGAUAGAGGCACAUUCUUCAGUGCACCAAAACUUUGCACCACCAGUAAGGUCACUAGAAAUAAGCAGCAGUGCAAGAUUUGAUCAAGGUUAUGCAGGUCUGCCAGUAUUCAUGGAGGAUGAUGAGGCAGAGUUGUUAUGGCCAGGUAGUUUUCGACAGGUAGCUGUGGCAGACGAUGCUCAUCAAAGUUUUGUAGUCGCAGGAAGUUCAAACAUGAUUUUUUUGGGGGCAACUCCACCAGUGAACUUAGAUGAUUCUGCGCCAGAUCUCACACUAAAACUUUGAGAACAUUGGUUGCAGUAUUUAUGCUCCGAUAUUAUCUCUUGUAUAGCAAGUUGUGCAAUGGACCAUGGCUGAACUUUUAUAUUCCCUGUUAAGAAUUUGUAUGUCAGUGUAUAAGAGCUUCACAGAGAUUAUUCUGGAGCUUCUUCGUUUGUUAUAUCUAUGUGAUUGAUCCUUUUAAUUUGCUGUAA